AUGGUUAAGCGUUCCAAGAAUAUGGAGAACAUUGGUGAAUAUGCCACAUGCUAUAGCAUGUCACUGAGGAAGAUGGUGGAGAAUAUUGAAGUCUCCCAGCAUGCUAAAUGUACCUGUUUUGUCUGCAGCAAAACCAAGAUAAAGAGAGGGGCUGGAGCUGCCUGGACUUACAACACAAGUUCUGCUGCAACAGUCAAGUCCGUGGUUAGGAGACUGAAGGAGUCGAAGGACCAGUAAACCAGUGCAAUGAUCACUAGUGGAUUUUGGACUUCUUCUAUAAUUUGACCAGCAACAUCCACAACUAGAUCGGUCUAGAGCAAGAAACAAGAAAACAAAAGGAAGUUGAUUCGGGCAACAGAUCUGGAAAUAAUCCUGGGAAAAUUUGCCAGCUCUUAUGUGGAUGUCCACUCGAUUAAGCACUAAAUUCCUUGGUGCAUGCUUUAUUGACCGAGAAUGCUGAGGUUGGACUGCAAAAUCUGUUUGUCUUCCUGCAUCCAUUGUCGGGAUUUGAUGUGACAUUAACGUUGUUAGGGGGAAAGAAGAACUAUGGGCUAUCUCAGCU